AUGGAUCUCGUAGUGACCAAUCUAGGUGACCAUACGAUUAGUAUUUUAUUUGGCUUGGGAAAUGGAGAUUUUCAAGCUCAAAUAAAAUACGAAGUUGAUAGGGAACCAAAUUAUGUAAUGUCAGGUGAUUUUAAUAAUGACAAUAAAAUGGAUUUAGCAGUGCUCGGUCGACUUUCUAACCAUAUGGAUGUACUGUUUGGUGAUGGAAAUAUGACAUUUUCGAUUCGAAAACGGUAUGGAACAAGUAGUAGUCCAGGUCCUGCAGUAGCCUAUGAUUUCAACAAAGAUGGAAAAAUCGAUAUUGCUGUGCUGAACAAACUUUCUAACCUAUUAUAUAUGUUUUUAAACGAGUGCUCAUAA